AUGGACCAGCAACUGACGCCCCAGGAUUUGUUCAACAUAUGCGAUAACCAGUGGCGAAAGGCGUUUGUAGAGGGUCCGCACACAUCCUUCAAGAUGGUCGAGGCGAUGCGGGACGUAAUGGGCUUAACCUACCAGGAUAUUCUCACCCACCCGGAACGCCUCGCAGCUUUUCAGGAAGACUCGGUCCAAGAAGAAGACAUAUACCCAGGCGGGAGAUAUUACGAUACAUGGGGCUCUCUGACGGGAAGGUGCACGUCGUUUGCCAUCAAAGUGGUGUCGAAUCUCGAAGACCAAUACCCAGGAUACUUUCAUUUUGGGUAUUUCAACAUCGGACCACAUCGUCUUGGACGCUGCGAUAAAACCCAGAUUCUGAUUGACUCGACAUCCAACAAUGGUGUGAAGCGCCAGCCCGCACGAAUGGAGGUGAUGCAUUUCGAUGCGUACGGCAAUCCAGGCCUUCUGAGCUAUGAAGGUCUCAUCAGAUGGAGGCUUAGCCACCAUCGCAUAGAGUUGAGUCGAGACAUGGACAACGGCCAAAACAUGUCUUACAUAACCUUCGACGGCAGUCGAGGGAGCGCAGAGUCGAACAACGAGUGUCUCGAUGAGCUCUAUUAUUUCAUCGAGGAAUGUGGUGGCGAAGAGCAAUGGAAAGCUGACGAAAUCAACGUGGUCAACAGGGACCUUUGGAAAGCGGCUGUCAGGGAAUGGGGCUGGCCUGUGUGGACCGAGGACGCAGCGCCUCCGCCAAAUUCAACGAAUUGA